GCGUUCAUUCCAGGUUCAUCUUAUGGCCGAUCCCAUCAUGAUGUGCUUCAUCGAGUUGGUUUGGCCACCUCUGCUCAAUUUGUGGUUCUUGAAGAUAUUGACCUUGACAACGAACCUGUCAUUCCUACUGAUAGUGAGAUAUGGAGACCAUGGUUUCAUAAGUAAGAUGGGAAGCGUCUUAUGAAAAAUGAAGGACUCUUGCAUGAUCCUGAGGCAUGCGACGUCGUUUUGGGUGGCCUCAUUCUCCUUCACCCACAAGACAUUAAAGAACUAACGGACUUGGAUGAUCAUGACAUUACACUCCAACAAGCUCACAACUUAAUCUCGAUGGCCGAACUUCGCUUGGUUGAGCUAUCCAGGGCUCAAGGGCGCAAGGAUGAGUUAGACAACUUGAUCAAGUUCCAUGACCAUUUAGGACAACGACUUAAGGUUAGUGAGGCUACAUCAACGAAAGAGAAAGGUGAGAUUUCCCGUCUUUCUGACAAAAUUGACGUCCUCAGCCUUGAACGUAAGAACGCUUUACUGGAAAUAGAUUAGCUGAAGAAUGACGUGG